UAAAACUCAGUUUGCUGCAUCUUGUUUGUUCGUCUUUUCCUUGUGUAAAUAACAUGAUGGUGUUAUUUGAGUUCAUUCAGGAAAUGGCAAAUGCGUGAUUAAGCUCGUGUGUCCUCAGCGCUGUCUCGUUACCAUGGUGACGCGUGACAGAAGCGUGGCGUGGCCGUGGAGAGAGAAGCGGCCCACUUCCGUGGAAAACACGAGCCUGUCUGAUCUUUAUUAAACCCAAAAUAACAUCAGGAGGAAGCUUCGUGUGAGACGCACGUCCUGCUGUGUGUUUGUGUUGUUGUAAGUGCUGAUGGCCGACGACAAAAAGCAGCUCUUACCACCAACAAACAAGAAGAAAAAGAGAAAAAGAAAGAAAACCGCUGCUUCCGCCGCUCCCCAAAAAACACAAGAGAAACUGAAGCUUCCUGAGACCUCACAGGCAGCUUCACUUUCGUCAAAAUAUCAACCUGAAGACUCCCCAGACCAACUCCAAGGUAAAAGUAGAAAAGACAGCGAAUGGCCUGGUGGAGGUGGAAUAAGGAACACAGGACAUCCACAGGAUCCACUUCUCCUGCUGACAAUGAGAAACAAAGCCAACAACAGUGGAGAGCUGGCUGCAUGGGAGCAUGUGGAGGAAGAGCUCGGGGCUGAGGCCAGGGAGAGCCUGAGGUGGGAGGGAGUGCUAGCAGACCGUCAUGCUGAGGAAAAGAGGCUGGAGCUGUACAGGGCCAAGAGACGACAGCGUUACAUCGCACACAGAGAAGCUGAAGCCCGGGCUGUCAAACUUUCCUGAAGAGGACAAAGACAUGAAUGGUUGUCUGACCCACACUAUGAGGAGUGUGUGUCAGUGCUAAAUCUAAUCAGCAACUAUGUGAUACUAGUACUUAUGACAGACUUGUAAACAACGGUUGCUAACAGUAGAACACCUUUAGAAAUUUACUGUGGACAGAUAUGUGUCUGUACUCCCAAGACUGUCACCACCAUCACACCUCUGUGUUCACAUGAUGACAGUCACGUCAGUGGAAUGACAUGUGGCAGCGCUUGCUGGUUCCAGUAAAUAAGUUUUCAAACAGGUAUUCCUGAAAUAGACCCCCUUUAUUUACGAAAUCAAGGAGA